CACUCUACAAUGCUCAGAAGGGCAGCCACGCUGGGGAUCCGGCCCCACCUACGCGCGGCGAGGCCCAUCACCCUCGCCGCGCUCGCACGGCCACGACUAGCGGCAGCGGUACCCCGGAUUGCUGCGCCGGCAAUUCGGCACCUCUCGGACGGGGCGCCCGACGCGACGGCGGACGUCGUCGCCGACGCGGUGGUGAUUGGCGACCGCGACGAGAGCGAGCGCGUCCACGCGUCCUUCUACGUGUCCAACGUGCUCCCCAUCCAGCUGGGCUCGUGGGACAUCCGCCCGUGGCUCGCCCGCCUGACGGAGGAGCGGCUCCUCGAGGAGCUGGCUGACAUUGCCGCCGAGCUCAAGGACGUGUACGGGUUCCGCGUCGAGAGCUGGGAGGUCGCGCGCAAGGACGGCGGCGUCUUCUGCCACUUCUCCUACUUCCCCCCGCACCCGCCCGAGCUCCCAGCAGCGGGUACGGACUCCGACUUCCACGCGCCCGAGGACCUCACCCCCGAACCGACGUCGCCGGCCGCGCUCUUCCUCCCCCGCUUCGUUGGUGCGGCGGAGAAGCACGGCGGCUGGCCUUAUUGGCUCGGAUCGUGGUACGCCAACUGGCGCGACGAGAAGAAGAACAACAACAACGACAGGACGGUCGACGACUCGGGCCACCACUUUUACCGCGGCGACGCACGCGUGCUUACCACUGAGACCAAGUGCGACACAUCGUCACUUCGGGGAUGGCAGAGGACGGCCGGCACAGGCCGCAUAUGGGUCGUACGCGGCCGCCAGUGGACAGAGGAUCUGAACCGUUUCCCGUCCAACAGACUUCGCGUCGAGUUUGACGGGCCAGACAUCUCGCAGGAGGUCCUGUACACCCUGUUCAGGCCCUACGGACGCCUGAUGGAGAUUACGCCGCCGGCGCCGGUGCCAGCGGGUAAUCUGCGUUUUGCCCAGCUCCAGUUUUCACGUAUCGGUCCCUCGGUUGCGGCGAGCAAGUGUCUCCACGGCUUCUCGACGCCGACCAACUCGGCAGACUUGCACAAGAAGAAGACCAACAAGGAUACCGACGUCAAGCUUGCGCGGCUGAGAAUCUUCUACGAGAACCCGCUCAAGGCGCACUACAUCCGCGACUGGAUCAGCAACCACCCGCGUAUCGCGCUCCCGAUUAUCGCCUUCCUAAUCGGCACACUGUCGUACACGUUCUUCGACCCGAUUCGCGCCUUCUUCGUGCGCUCAGAAGUCGAGGGCGCCUGGAACAUUGAGGACUACUCGGCCGUCAAGUUCCUGCGCGAGAAGACAUACCAGCCGCUCGUGACAAACCUGUUUGGCACGUCGGUGAGGCGCAGACGCCACGCGACCGAGAGCCUCGGCCGCGCGUCAUGGAAGGACCGCGUCGAGGCCGAGAGGGCGUGUGAGAACUGGUUGCAAGAGUUCCCCAGCACGUUUGUUGUUGUGACUGGCCCGCCUGGCUCGGGCAAGCACAAGCUCGUCACGCGUGUCGUCAAGCACUCCAAGAAGCAGUGCAUUGAGAUUGACUGUGCCAACAUUGCCAAGGCCAAGACGGACGUGGCUGUGAUUGACGGCUUGGCUCAUGAGACUGGCUACUGGCCGACGUUCUCGUUCCUGCAAUCGAUCAACGGGCUGAUCGAUCUCGCGGCCAUGGGUCUCAUUGGACAAAAGGCGGGCUUCGCAACCCCUGUUGACGAGCAGCUGCGCUCCAUGCUUGACGUCGUCACCAUUGCCCUCAAGGACGUGCAGGCCCAUGCCGAGGAGGGCCGUCAGCGCGCAAGGAAGUGCGCUCAGGACGAAAUCGUCCUCAAGGCAGACCGCGAGCAUGAGCUGCGACUCAUCAAGGCUGGUGUGUGGCACGAUGGCCGCUUGGACUGCGUCGCUGGCAACGGUAUCAUGAGCGAGUUGGGCUUGGGCAUUGAGGAACCGACCAUGGACGAUGUUGCUGUUCCCUUGGCACCACUCAUCGACGGCAACGCUCCCAUCGACGGCGAAGGCGUCCCCCCCACAACCGGCCUGUUUGACAAGCAUGCCGCUGCGGCUGCCCAAGCUCCUGCGCCCGAAGACACGGAAGUCGACACUGAGGCUGAGCUCAUCAAGACCAUGCCCAUUGUCGUCUUGCGCAACUUUGCCAUCAAGCCGGCGCGCGGCGACCUCUGGAACGUUUUGUCCGAGUGGGGUGCAGCGCUCAUCGAGAACAAGGUCGCCCAUGUCAUUGUCAUUGGCGAGGGCUCUACCACGACCAAGACGCUCACGCGCGCGCUCCCUUCAAAGCCUCUUGACCUCAUUGCCCUCUCGGAUGCCGACCGUAGCAGCUCGCUCGAGUACGUCCGCGAGAAGCUCGCCAACUCGGAGAGCCAUCGCGAGCUAGACUCGUCCGACGAAGCCGACAUUGCCAAGCUCGGUGGCCGCAUGGUCGACCUCGAGUUGCUCGUGUACAAGGUGCGCAGUGGGCAGUCUGUCCACGAGGCGGUUCACGACAUUGUGCUUCGCAACAUUGUCGAGCUGCGCAAGGUCGGCUUUGGCGACGACACCGAGGACGCCAAGCACCUCCAGUGGACACGCCCCCAGGCCUGGAAGAUUGUUACCGAGCUCGCCAAGAAGCCCGAGAUUUCGUACCCCAAGCUCCUGCAGGACUUCCCCUUCAAGGGCGCCGAGGCGAGCCUCAAGGCGCUUGAGGAGCACGAUAUUAUCGGUAUCGUGUACCACGACGGCCGGCCGUCUCGCAUCAGGCCAGGCAAGCCCGUGUUUGUUGAGGCAUUCUCGCAGCUGGUCAAGGACGACGUGUUCCGCGCCCAGAGCCAGAUCGAGUACAACACGGCGAUUGGCAACAAGGCCGAGACGGAGAUCAAGGACAUUGAGGACGAGCUCAACAAGCUGCGUGAGAUUGCGGCCAACGGCGACAAGCUCGGCGUCGGCGAGGGCAGCUGGUUCGGCCUGACCAAGGGCUCACCAGUGUACCAGCGUGCGCAGUACCUUCUCGCCAAGCUGGAUACCGCGAUGGACAAGCUCAACAAGGCGGACGCGGACACGACCGAGCAGAAGAAGGUGUUCUCGUCCGGCAAGGCGUAGGGCGGAGUGAGCGAGGGAGCAGACGUAUCUCUGUACUAGUCGUACCCAUGUAACGAGUAUGCGUGGUGGGCUGGA